AUGGGUUCACCAAACCCGACAUUACAACCCUACAUUCUGAUUUCAGACAAGUCAAUUCUAUUUAGUAGCUUGGAGAACCAAAUUAUGCCCACCAUUAAUUUCCUUAAAGACCUUGUGAAGACCAAUGAGAAGGUCAUUUUGGCUCUGAAACAUUGCAGCCGCGUUGUUAGGUAUAACUUACAGAAAGAACUUGUGCCAAACAUGAACACAUUGCGAGCCCACGGUGUCCCGGAGCCUAGAAUUGUUUCGCUAAUUGUGAUGCAACCUAAAUCACUCUUUUCUAGACCAGAUUUGUUUGAAAAGGUAGUCAUUGCAGUUAAAGACAUGGGUUUUGAUCCAGGGAAAUCGACUUUUGUCUUGGCUGUUCAGACAUUGUCAGUAAUGCGCAAAAUGGAUUGGGAAAAAAAGCACGAGCUCUAUAUGAGCUUUGGUUGGUCGGAGCAUGAUUUUCGUUCAGCGUUCGUUAAACAGCCAAUGUUCAUGUGGUGCUCAGAGAAGAAGAUUACAGCGUUUAUGGAUUUCUUUGUCAACAAGUUGGGUCUCAAGCCAUCGGAUGUUGCCAAAUGCCCAAAUCUUUUUCUGACUAGUUUUGUGAAAAGAAUCAUUCCUAGAUGUUCAGUUGUGCAAGUUUUAAUAUCCAAAGGUCUGAAGGUUAAGAAGAACUUUGAUGUAGUUUGGAUAUUGAAUCUGGAUAAGAAGACAUUUGAGACAAAGUUCCUGAUCCCGUUUAAGGAUGAUGCUCCUGAAGUGAUCAAGGCAUACCAGGAGGGCAUGGGAUUACAAGGAUUCAAUGAUGGAUUGCAGUUGUUCGAAAUUGACACCAAAUAA